AUGCCGAAAAAGGUCUCCAGCCCUCACGAACCAGCUCUCGUGGCCGAGCGCCUGCCAACCAAGUCCCGGCACGUGAGGACAGUGUGGGGCCGGCCGCCCCCUGGUGGGUGUGCAGUGUAUUGCCGAGGGUCUGACUGUCCAUUUCAGGGGGUGUAUUUCUCCUGCUUCCCCUCACCCCAGGCCUGGCUGGGGAUUCAUGGUCGAAGCUUCGGGCACUUCGUGGACGGUAAAUGGUUGAAGCUGGAAGGCAGAGAAACCACCAGCAGCACCAAUCCAGUCACUGGGGAGCUGCUGGCCACCACCCUUCAGGGGGAGCCAGAGGAUGUCGAAGCGGCUGUCCAAGCUGCCACGAAAGCCUUCGAAGGCUGGAGUCGCCUGCCGUGCCACGCCCGAGCCCGACACCUGCACAACAUGGCCCGGACCAUCCAAAAGCACCAGCGCCUUCUGGCGCUCCUGGAGAGCCUGAAUACCGGCAAGCCCGUCGGGGAGGCCCGGGACCGGGACCUGCCCCUGGUCGUGCGACAUUUCUACCACCACGCUGGCUGGGCCCAGCUCAUGGGCAUCGAGAUGGGGGGCUGGAAGCCCCUGGGGGUGGUUGCUGCUGUGGUUACCUGGAAUUCCUCAUUGCUGCUGCUGGCCUGGAAAAUCUGCCCAGCUCUAGCCAUGGGGAACACCGUGGUUCUCCUCCCACCCCCCCGUGCCCGGCUCUCUGCCCUGCUGCUGGCCGAGCUGGGGGCCCAGGCCGGGUUGCCCCCAGGGGUGCUGAAUGUGCUGACGGGGGAGAGGGCACUGGCGGGGGGGCUGGCUGCCCACCCCGGGGUGGAUGCUGUGGCCGUGGCUGGCUCCGUGGAGGUACGUGCUUCCAGGGGGGCUCUCCCCCUGCCCCCCAUGUGCCAGAGGGCUGCCCCUUGGCAUGGAACUCACUGGAGAACACAGAAAACCCAAGAAACCCGCCUACUUGGUCACACACAUACCCCCGAUCUCGCUCUCUGUCGCAGCUUGCAGGUUGGCACCGUCUGGAUCAACGGGCAGAACCUGUUUGACGCGGCCGCGGGCGUCGGAGGAACCAAGGAGAGCGGGAACGGCCGGGAUGGAGGCAAGGAGGGUCUGUAUGAGUACGUCAGACCGAGCUGGCAGAGCCGGGCCCGGCCUGGCCCCAUGGAACUGGACUACAAAACUUUUGCUGCGUCCUCUGGAGUCGACCCGCCCCCUGUUCCCGGGCGCAGCGGGGUUGCCCGCCCCGAACUGGAGGAGAACAUGCCAAGGGUGGACAGGACCUACAAGCUGUACUACGGAGGCGCUCAGAAGCGACCCGAGGGAAUGGCCUCGCUCCCCGUCCUUGACCCCGCCGGCAACGUGCUGGCGUACGUGGCGGACGGCAGCGCCAAGGAUAUCCGCAACGCUGUGGAGGCUGCUCACAAGGCUGCGCCGGGGUGGGGGAAGCGGGCAGCCCACGCCCGGGCGCAGGUGCUGUACUACGUAGCGGAGAACCUGGAGCUGCGGCGGGAGGAGGUGGCGUCCCGGCUGGGGGUGCUGACAGGGGCCCCCCCCGAGGAGGCACAGCGGGAGGUGGACCUAGGCCUGGAGCGCCUCUUCCACUGGGCGGCCUUGUGUGAUAAAUCUGGGGGCACCGUGCAGGAAACACCCCUGCACGGCACCACCCUUCAGCUCCGCCAGCCCCUGGGUGUCGUGGGGGUCGCCUGCCCGGACGAGCGCCCCCUGCUCAGCUUCCUCAGCCUGCUGGCCCCCGCCGUGGCCCGGGGAAAUGCCGUGGUGAUGGUCCCGAGCCCACGCUACCCGCUGCCCGCCCUGGACCUCUGCCAGAUCUUCGACACCUCGGACGUCCCCGGGGGGGUGGUGAAUAUUGUGACGGGGAAUCGGGACCAUCUGAGCCGGACGCUGGCCCAGCACCACGAUGUUCAGGCCAUGUGGUACUUUGGGUCUCCGGAGGGCUCCCAAUUUGUGGAAUGGGCCUCGGCCGGUAACCUGAAGCGGACCUGGGUGAGCCACGGGGUCCCCCGGCGGUGGGAGGACCCGGCCCAGGGGGCAGGCGAGGAGUUUCUGUACCAGGCCACCCAGUGUAAGAACGUCUGGAUCCCCAUGGGGGAGAUCUUCGCCAACUGAAGCCGGGGGCCCCCACCCCGAACCACACAGCCCGAGGGCUAGAAUAAAAAGGCUUUGGUACUGUUUAA